AUGCAUUUAUACAAGCACCUUAGUAACAUCUCAUCUUUAAUAUAUAUAUAUAAUUCUCAAUCAGAUANUAACACUUUAACUAAUUAAUGGACUAUUUCAUUAGAAUCUGUUGAACCAAGGAGAGAACACAAAGCAUCAGUUCUCUUUGGAAAAUUAAUGGUUGUAACAGGUGGAAUUGAUUCAGCAGAAAAGCUAUUGAAUGACACACUUGUAUAUUCUUUGGAAUCAAAAAGAUGGACAGGUCAAAAGAUAUUAUUCGAAGAAGGUAUUGCUUAGCAUGCCUAAUGCACGGCUUAUGAUUAUAAAAGAAAUAUUGAAACAAUAUAUAUCUAUGGAGGAUAAACAGCUAAACUAAGUUCAUUUCCUCUAAUGAGAAUGUUGUUUUUUGGGCCACAUCCAAUAGGAUGGGAAAAAGUCUAAACAGUAGGAUAAGCUCCAGAUAGUCGAUAUAAUCACACUAUGGAGAAUGUUGGAGAAUAUUUAAUUUUACUUGGAGGGUGUUCACAAGAGAAAAAAGAGGAUUAAAAUUAUAUUGUUAUUUUAAAUCUAUAAACAAGUCUUUAGAGCAUAGCAUUGAGAUAGGUUUAUAAACAAUAAGAUGGAGUCAUGCAAACUGUAGAAAUGCAAAUUAGAAAAAUUUAGAAACAUCCAAAAUCUAUGAAACCAUCGUUACUUAUUUACCUCUUCCACAACUUAAAACACCUAAGAUCUGAUUUGAUAUUUGAUUCAUUUUUUAUACUAUAUUGA